AGGGUAAUUUAUCUGGCUUAUUAGGAAUUUUAAUACACGUAAAUAAAAUUGUCAAUAAAAUAGGCGGAUGUGUAUUAGAAUAAUAGUAUAAUUUUGUUUUUAAUUUUCACUCUAUGAAAACUCGACAAUAAAGAAGACUGACAGCGAGGGCCACGACCAGCAUGAAGGCUGCACACAGCGCCGUGGCGACCGCCGGGCUGCUGGCGCUGAUCUGCGCCGGCGCUGCGCAGGCCGCCUACGGUCCCUCCGGGGCUGUGGGGACCAUCGACUUCAGGUACCCUGACUACAUCGUCAAGCCCCUCGUCCCCUGCCCCUCCGUGGGGGUCUUCCCCCACCCCCGUAACUGCACCUGGUAUUACAGGUGUUACGACCGUCACGGGUUGGGCUUCUUCAACCGCGCGUACUUCGAGUGCGAGGCGGGGACGGUGUUCUCCGACGCCCUGGACCAGUGCGUGCACGGCAAUCCACUGCACACCUGCACCCCUCAACCCAUCAACCCAUCCGUUCCGCCGUACCCCUCAACCCCUCCAACGCCUCCGUACACCUCAACCCCUCCAACGCCCCCGUACCACUCAACCCCUUCAGUGUCUCCUUAUCCCACACUCUCCCCAACGCCUCCCCCAGCCCCGACGUGCAGGGAGGUGGUGGAAGGGUGCGGGCAGUACGGGGUGUGUCAGAACUCCGUGGCAGUGACCCACUUCGUACAGCUGGCAGAGCUGUGUCAGGUGGCAGAGAUACGAUGCACUAACGGCACCACAACAAGGCUGUGCCCCGUGGGGUACUGGCUGAACCGUGCCCAGCAACGCUGCUACCCAGACACCUUCCUGUGCCGCAUCCCUCCCCGGGUGGGAGGCCACGAGGUGGUGUGCGAGGACCGAGUGGGCGGCUGUCGGGAGCUCACCUGUGGUGGGCUGGUCACUCGUUCCUGUGACGUGACGCAGGUGUGCUCCAAAGGCGGUACCGUCACCAGCCAGCGCCCACUCUGCCCACCUCUGCACCACUUCGACCCUCACGCCAACACCUGCGCUCCCAGCGCGGGUUGCGUGGAGACUGCGUCCUCUUCCUCCCCAUCCUCCCCGUACCCCACUGCCGCUCCUCAAUGUAGGGUGGUGGGGGAGGGCUGUGCUCCCCAGGGUGUAUGUGGGACUGCCAACCUGCAGGCGCUCGUCUGCCACGUCGCCUUCACCUGCGCCUUCCCCGGUGGGGAGGUGGGGCCUCCCCCAGCCCCGGCACCAACAGCAGUAGGUUCCACCUGCGUGGACAUUACUCCUCCACCCAGCACCUGCAGCGUGGAGAUGAGCGGGUGUCGCAUCGCCCACUUCUGCCCUUCCGGCAUCAACGCCUCGGUGGGCGUCUCCUCCUCCGAGGUGUGUCAUGGCGCCCACCGCGUCUGCGGGGGAGUGGGUGUGGGGGGAGUCUGUGACCCCAACCUGCUCUACGAGAAACUUACCGGCACCUGUCGUCACCCGUCAGAGCUAUGCACGGCGACGGUGCGACCCCCAGCGGCAGUAACGUGCGAGGACGUCAUCGAGGGCUGCCGCGACGCGCGUUACUGCGCAGGUGCGGCGCCGCCGCGGCUGCUGCGCACCUGUGAUCUCCUGACGCGGUGCUACCGCGACGGCGUCCUGACGCAAACGCUGCCCGCGUGCCCGGUGGGGGCCAAGUUUGAUGUGAUCGCCAGCCGCUGUGUCGUCCUCCCGCAGGAAUCUGAGUGUACGGACCCACAACUUUCCCCCGUGGACCCUCUACCCCCCACCUGCGGGGUCGUGGGAGAGGAGUGCCGGGAGUUGCCGGGGUGUGGGGGAGUUGACAGCGGCGCGCUGGUGUGUCGCCGCUACUUUGCCUGCGCUCCACAGCCUCGCGAGGCAACAUAUGAGGCCUCACCCGUCGCCCCCGUCAACACUGGAGCAACGCCCCCUCCCUGCUCCGAGGUGCAGGUGGAAGAGUGCAGUAAGGGGGCGCUGUGCCCCCCCUCCUUCAGCAGCACGAGCUUCGUGCCCCAGGUGGUCGUCUGCCGCCGCGCCUUCGUCACCUGCGCCGACGGCCGCCCCCCCUACCAAGUCUGCCCCCCCGGCACCAUCUACGCACCAGCUGACAAGUCCUGCGUAUCAGAGCUCAGCCUGUGCGGCCCAAUUGCGGCCCGCAACGUCUCGUCAGUGACGUGUGAGGACGUCGUAACGGGCUGCAGUGACCGUCACGUGUGCCCGUCGACACAGCGACAACAGGUAGUCACCAGACGGUGCGACGUCCGCAGACGGUGCUACAAGCACGGCGAGCUGUUCAGCGAGAACACCAUCUGUCCAGGGGGGCUAUUUGACGCCGGCAACAACCAGUGUGUUGACGGCGACCCUGGGGUGUACCCCUGCGAGUCACCUGACGUGGCGUCUCCCUCGCCCCCCCGCUGCGAGCCUGUGGCCGAGACAUGCGAGAGGCGUCAGGUGUGCGCCUCACCACUCACUGAGGCCCUCAUCUGCCGGCGCCUUUUCGCCUGUGAUGGAGGGGCUAUGUCUUCCCCAACCCCAACCCCCGUAUCCUACCCCCGAAAUGAUGAGGUUGCCGAGGCGGCUUGCAUCGACCUGGAGGGACUACCGGUGCCGGUUGCGUGCGAGGUGGCGGUCAGUGGUUGUACCAGGCGUGCCGUUUGUCCUCCAACCAUCCAGACCACCCAGUUUGUGCCGGUGUUUGAGUUGUGCCAAACAGCCGAAAACAAAUGCAACAACGGCACCAGCAAGCCCCUCUGCCCCUACAACUACCUCUACGACAAACUCAAGGGCGAGUGUCGGUCAGAGUCGGAGCUGUGCAGGGCCCCGGGACCCCGUCCCCCCGCUGAGGUUGUGUGUGAGGACAAACUGCGCCACUGCGAGGACAGCUUCGUGUGCCCCCCCGCGGGGAUCCAGAUAUUGCGACGGUGCGUCAUCAAGCACGUGUGUCGGGAGGGCGACACGGUGCUGACUGAGAAAUCUCUGUGCAAUGACGCCGACCUGUGGGACCCUUCCCUCAAUCAGUGUGUUGCUCCCUCGCCUGCAAGCGUCUCAUGCCCGGCUAAUGCCAGCUAUGAGGCAUUGCCUGCGCCGACCUGCGCCACUGAGGCGGAGGUCUGCGCCGCCAAGACCGUCUGUAACGGCGGCAACAAAACAGGGCUGCUCUGCCACCAGCUCUUCUCUUGCCAAGCCCCUACCAGCGCCUUCGUCAGGAGCCCAGUACUGCGGCAGGAAGUUGAUGAUUGCAUGGAUGCUGGCUUCCAGCCCAGCAUCCAAAUCGACGAUCCGAAAAACGGCUCGUUUUCGGUCAGUUGUAACGGCAGAGGCGAGAUUUUCGUGCCCGACGAUGCAGUGUCGAUUCUGUGCAACGAAGACCUUAUGUGUCUGCCUUCGGGCAAAUUUGUGGACACCCGCACAACGUGCUCAAAGUUCUACAAGUGUGUGUCGAUGCGCCCUGUGUUGACCAACGUGGACUCCUACUGCGCUGCCGGCCAAGUGCUACUUUACGAGACCCUUGCCUGUGUGCCGCAGAACACUGCGAACUACCGACUGUGCGGGUCCUCCAUGCCGGUCUCUGACACAGACUCCAUCCUCCCCAUUCAUGAACUACCCUCCACCCCUGCCAUAACGCCUUCCCCCCACCCUGCCGUCACCGAGUUUUUAACCCAUGAGUACAACACCACGCUAGUGUGCACCCGCGACCAAGAGAUCCCUCGUAACGAACAAGUGCUCAGGUUCAACUGUGACUUCGUCCCCCAGUGUGGACCUGGCGGCGUCUACAAGGGCGUGCGGCGUCUGUGCGACAAGUUCUACGUGUGCCGCUGGGACGGCGCAAACUUCUCUCUCGAGGAGAGCGUCUGCUCCAACAGCAACCACCGCUUCAGCUACGACACCGUCACCUGCGUCAGCCUUGAGGGCACAUGCUAGCGCACAUCCUGAACAUUGCCUACAUCAGCUUCUGCGAACAGAAGUGUGGACAGCCUCAUGGACUCGCAGAAAUCUGGACACUCUCAUGAACAAGCAGAUGUGUGGACAGCCUCGGCUUGAGCGCUCACGGACUG